ACAUAUGGUAAAUGCAAUCAUGACUACGAAACUCCUCAUGAGUGCAUUUAUCGUGGGAGACUGCCAGCUUUUUAUUACUCCCUUUCCAAGAUCUCUUCCCCGUAGCCAUCCCCUUCAGCACACAAUCUUUCGGCCUACUCGUAUGAAAAUACUGCAACUGAGGAAGCAGCUGGGAGUGAUCAGAUCUGGAACAUCUGCCGCGGCUCAGUACACUCAUGUAAACAAUCGGCCGCCGGUGAAAACUGAUCAUGUUGAUCAGAAACUUGUGGCAUUGAGCGUUACAGCUCUGGUCACUAUUAGGAAUAAUGAGAUGGGAAAUCUCAUGGAAAUGAUGCCUCAGUUAAUGUUAAAUGCUUCAAAUCCCAAGCAGCUGGGAGGUGUUGUUCUUCAGCUUGUUAGCAGUACUGAAAUCGAUCCAAGAACGAUGAAGCCAAAGAUGAGCAAGGAAACAAUAUUGGACUGGUCCAUGAAAGUACCAACCGCAGGUGGUGAGACGAGUACUUACAGAGUUGAUUUCAUGGUGGAGUCGGACUUCGGCGUGCCAGGAGCCAUCACAGUGUGCAACAAAUACCAGAAGGAAUUCUUUUUGGAAAGCAUCGCCAUUGAAGGAGUUGUUCAUGAGUUUGUGUGCAACUCUUGGGUACAGCCUGAAAAGGUCUAUGCCGGUAAAAGAAUUUUCUUGUCCAAUAAGGCGUAUUUGCCCUGGGAAACUCCAGCGGGACUCAAGGAGCUAAGAGAUGAAGAACUGAGGGAACUUCAGGGUGAUGGAAAAGGACUCAGGAUACCUUCUGACAGAGUAUACGACUACGACGUAUACAACGACUUAGGCAAUCCAGACCAGGGAAUCGAAUACGUGAGGCCAACCCUUGGAGGUCAAAAGAACCCUCAUCCAAGACGUUGUCGUACUGGACGGCCUCCUACUGAUACAGAUAUAAAUCAAGAGUCGCGUCUGAAUGCCUCCCAGUCUAUAUACGUGCCGAGAGAUGAAGUGCUGGAGAAGGGCAAAAGAGAUGCUUUCAAUCUGGGGAAGUUGAAGGGAAUACUCCGGAAUAUAAUCCCGUCCUUAACUGUCGCAAAGAGUGAUGAUGUUUUCAAAUGUUUUUCUGAUCUUAACAGCCUCUACAAAGAGAGGACUCUUCAUGAAAUGAAGCCACGAGAUGGAAGUCAUGAGAAGAUGAUCAAGCGUUCAUUUCCAAAGAUUUUAAGAAAGGUGCAAGAUUCUGUAGAAGAAUUCUUCAAGUUUGACCCUCCACAGAUCAUCUCCAGGGAUACAUCUUGUUGGUUACGGGAUGAUGAAUUUAGCCGUCAAGCUCUCGCAGGGAUAAACCCUUUAAGCAUAGAAAUUCUCAAGGAUUUUCCACCUAAAAGCAAAUUGGAUCCCUCCAUCUACGGUGCACAAGAAUCAGCACUCAGAGAAGAACAUAUUGAAGGCCAUCUAAAUGGGAUGUCGGUACAACAGGCAAUGGAAGAGAAUAAGUUGUUCAUACUAGACUAUCAUGACAUGUAUCUCCCAUUUCUCAACCAAAUAAACAGUCUUGAAGACCGUAAAGCCUAUGCAACUCGCACAAUCUUCUUCUUAACCCCAAUGGGAACAUUAAAGCCUAUUGCUAUCGAGCUCAGCCUUCCAGCAGUGGAUCCAAAUUCUUCUCCAAACCAGGUCCUCACACCUCCUGUAGAUGCUACCACACAUUGGCUCUGGCAGCUUGGAAAAGCUCAUGUCUGCUCCAACGAUUCUGGUGUUCAUCAACUUGUUCAUCACUGGUUGCGCACCCAUGCAUGCAUGGAACCAUUAAUAAUAGCUGCUCACCGACAGCUGAGUGUGAUGCACCCCAUAUACAAACUUUUGGAUCCUCACAUGCGAUACACAUUGAAGAUAAACGCAAUGGCCCGUGAAACUCUCAUCAAUGCCGGAGGUAUCAUCGAGACGAACUUCACAGCCGGCAAAUAUUGCAUGCAGAUUAGCUGUGCUGCCUACGGGAACUGGUGGCGCUUUGACCAAGAAAACCUUCCCGCAGAUCUCAUUAGAAGAGGAGUAGCGGUACCAGACCAAACUCAAGCCCAUGGCCUAAGACUACUCAUUGAAGAUUAUCCUUAUGCAACAGAUGGGCUCCUCAUAUGGUCUGCAAUUGAAGACUUGGUUCAGACUUAUGUGGGUUACUACUACACAGAUGCAAAUGCAGUCUGUUCAGAUUUGGAGCUUCAAACUUGGUACAAUGAGUCGAUCAAUGUGGGCCAUGCUGAUCUGCGACAUGCUAGUUGGUGGCCAAAACUCUCUACUCCUGAUGAUCUUACCUCCAUAAUCACCACAAUAAUCUGGCUCGCAUCAGCUCAGCAUGCAGCAUUGAACUUUGGGCAGUACCCUUAUGGUGGUUACGUCCCAACACGACCACCAUUAAUGCGACAACUCAUACCAAAAGAGAAUGAUCCUGAGUACAAACUUUUUGUCUCUGAUCCGCAGGGAUAUUUCUUAUCCUCUUUGCCAAGUUGGAGUCAAACAACGAAAUAUAUGGCUGUGAUUGAUAUAAUUUCAUCACACUCACCUGACGAAGAAUAUAUAGGAGUGAGGAAAGAUUUAUCGACCUGGUCGGGAGACACUGAGAUCAUUGAGGCAUUUUACAGAUUUUCAAUGGAGAUAAGAAGAAUUGAAAAGGAAAUUGAGAAGAAAAACUCUGAUAUAAACCUUAGGAACAGAUUUGGGGCAGGGAUUUCACCAUAUGAGCUGCUCAUGCCGAGCUCAGGGCCUGGGGUUACCUGCAGAGGAGUGCCCAAUAGCAUAACAGUGUGAAUAUUGAAUAAUUCAAAUGUUUAUAAUAGUCC